ACCCGGGGGAAGAGAGUUCCCUGAAACUUGUGCUUGAAAACAGAAUUGUCCAGUGAUGUAUGGACCCUGAAGAGGAACAAACAGCUGAGGACAUUACACCUUUCUUCAAGUGUACCAAAAGACCACAUAAUCAGUUAUUGGGGAUCAGGGAAGGUGUGCAGGCAGGCCUACCUGCCUCUUGUGGAUGCAGAUUUGAGACCCAGAAGUCUCCACAUGGCUCCUUAUCACAUCCGACAGUACCAGGAAAGAGACUACGAAAGAGUCCUGGACUUGUUUGUCAGGGGCAUGAAGGAGCACAUCCCUGAUACCUUCUGCCACAUAAUGAAGCUGCCUCGAACCUUCCUGCUCUUACUUGGAGCACCCCUUGCCCUAGUCUUGGUGUUUGGCUCCUGGCUCCUGGCCAUUGUGUGCAUCUUCUUUCUCCUUCUAUUCUUGUGGCUUCUUGCUGGACAGCCCUGGAGGGACUAUGUGGCUGAGUGCUUGCACACAGACAUGGCUGACAUCACCAAGUCCUACCUGAGUGGGCAUGGCUCCUGCUUCUGGGUGGCUGAGUCUGGAGGUCAGGUGGUGGGUACAGUGGCUGCCCGGCCAGCUGAGAAUCCCCCAGUAGGGAGGAAGCAGCUACAGCUCUUUCGCCUAUCUGUGUCCCCACAGCAUCGAGGACAGGGCAUAGCAAAAGCUCUGGUCAGAACUGUCCUCCAGUUUGCACGGGACCAGGGCUACAGUGAUGUUGUCCUCGAGACAAGCAUCUUGCAGCGAAGUGCUAUAGCCGUCUAUGAAGCUAUAGGAUUCCAAAGGACAGGCCAGUUUUUCUUUGGUAUAAUCACAAGAUUAGUUGCUCUUUCUGUAAUUAAUUUCACGUACACUCUCCCUUCUGCUCAGGAACAUGGGCUGUGAUCUUAUUUCUUUCUGUAUCUGUCAGGCUCCAAUUUAUUGUUCUGUAGGAAUAACCAAACCCCAAUAUUUUCAUGUAUAAGUCAUAAAAGCACAUUUACAUGUUCAUUAGAUUCCUGUUUAUUUGA